GGCCAAAGGCAUGGAAGCCUGCGCAUGCUGCCACCGACCCUGGCAAUGACGAUAGCUGUGAUAGGCACAUCGCGGAAGGGUGUGCGAUCGAACAAGGCGUAUUGCUGGUAUAUUGAAACAGUGGCGCGGCUCGUGGUGGACGGGCAUGAUGCCUUAGCCUGGCACGCGCCGUAUAGCGCGUGGAAAAGAAGCAACACGGCAUGACGCCAUGACAGACCUGGAUACUUUUGAUAUAAACGCGACGCAGUCCCCAGGAAAGACAGGCCAGACCCGUUGACAGCAGCAGACCCAGGACACAAACAUGAACGCCGACUUGCAACCUUAUGGCACCCACCAGGAGGCCUUUCCGCCGCCUCUCCCCAACCAUCUCAGCGCAGAGUACUCGCCAGCACUAUCCAUGAUGCAGCAGUUCCAUGCAGAUCUUCUUCGCAUGGACGAAGAGCACCUCCAGCACCGCACCCAAGCCGCCGUCGAAAUCGCAUCCCCAUGCCCAUGCCCAUUCCCUGACGACGACGACCAACCACCCAGCGACACCCUCCUCGGGAGAAUGCGAACAUGGUACCGGCGACUAUCCUCACGGCGAAGUCGAACCAGCAACAUGUCGAGCCCCUGAAAAGGAGAGACAGAAUAGCAACAUCUCGUCAUGCAGGUACCAGCGCUGGUUUGCAGCUCAUGGCACUAGUCGCCAUGUCCGUCCCAGCACCCUGGGCCGUCCGCCCGCGCUAUUCGAUCCCUC